GGCAGCUGUAUGGGGCCAAGGGCUUCAGCCUCAGCGGCGUGCCCCAGGCCGAGAUCUCCGGGGAGCAUCUGCGAAUCUGCCCCCAAGGCUAUACCUGCUGCACCAGCGAGAUGGAGGAGAACUUCGCAAACAAAAGCAGAAGUGAAUUUGAAGCCAUGAUGAAAGAUGCCGGUCGCUCUGUGCAGACCACCCUGACAGCACAGCACAGAAGCUUUGACAGUUAUUUCCAGGACUUAUUGAACAAGUCAGAAAAGGCCCUUUAUGAUGCUUUUCCAAGCAUGUAUGGAGAAUUGUACACUCAAAAUAUGAAGGUCUUCAAGGACUUGUACAGCGAGCUACGCCGCUAUUACCGGGGCUCCAACAUAAACUUGGAAGAGGCCCUCAAUGAGUUCUGGACACGUUUGCUGGAGCGGCUGUUCAAGCUGAUGAAUCCCCAGUACCAUAUCACAGAUGAGUACCUGGACUGCAUGGUGAAACAUGCGGAGCAGCACAAACCCUUUGGGGAAGUUCCCCGGGACCUGAAGGUGAAGGCAACCCGAGCCUUCAUCGCAGCACGCUCCUACGCACAGGGUUUUCUAGUGGGCAGUGACGUGGUCAAAAAGGUGUCUCAGGUAUCUCUCAGCCACGAGUGCACUCGUGCCAUCAUGAAGCUGAUGUACUGCCCGCAUUGCCGGGGUAUGUCCAGCGUGAAGCCGUGCAACAACUACUGCCUGAACGUGGUGAAGGGCUGCCUGGCCAACCAAGCGGACCUCAACACCGAGUGGAAGUACCUGAUGGAUUCCCUGAUGGUAGUUGCUGAUCGGAUUGAUGGAGCGUACAAUGUAGACACUGUCAUAGGGACCAUCCACAUGAGAAUCGCUGAAGCUAUUUCUAACUUGCAAGAGAACAAAGAUUCCAUCACAGCGAAGGUUUUCCAAGGCUGUGGAAAUCCCAAAAUCAGCACACAAAGGUCCAGCAGUGAGGACAAGAAAAGGCGAGGGAAGGUAACUUUGGAAGCAAAAUCCUCUGCGCAAGCACUGGAAAUGCUGGUUUUAGAUGCUAAAGGGAAUCUGACAGCUCUCAAGACUUACUGGAUUACUCUGCCUGGCAGCCUGUGCAGCAAAAAAGUAAUGGCCAGCUCGGCACUGGAUGACAAGUGUUGGAAUGGGAUGACCAAGGGCAGUUACCUGCCUGAAGUGAUGGGGGAUGGCUUAGCUAAUCAGAUUAACAACCCAGAGGUGGAGGUGGACAUCACCAAGCCAGAUAUGACCAUUCGCCAGCAAAUCAUGCAGCUAAAGAUCAUGACAAACCGGCUGGGAAACGCAAACAUCGGGAAUGACGUGGAUUUCCAAGACGCAAGUGACGACAUGAGUGGCUCUGGGAGUGGUGACAGCUGUCCUGAUGAUGUCUGUGGCAAAAGACUUUCUAAGAGCCCCAGCACCAGGCGGCCAGAAACACACGCUAUUCCUAAGCAGUCUGGACACGGCAUCAAUGGGGCCAGCAGCACAUCUUUGCCUUCUGCCUUCCUCCUCCUUUUGGUGGCUUUCACUGCCACGCAGCAGUUGUGGCGGUAACUCACUCGCACAGCCAGGAAAGAGACUGCGGCCGAGGGCUUCACUUUGCCAAAAUCAACCAACCAACAAAAGGACAUAUUUAAUUCACCUUGGCAAAAAAAAAAAAAGGAAAAGAAAAG